CGGAAGUUUUCAGAGAAAACGAAACUAAGAUGUGUCUGAGCUGUUGAACUUCCCUCACUGUUCAUCUGCACACGCAGUAAAAUGGCAGAAGCCAGUAUUUCAUGGGCUCAGGAUCAAUUCAUCUGUCCAGUGUGUCUGGAUCUACUGAAGGAUCCAGUGACCAUUCCCUGUGGACACAGCUACUGUAUGAGCUGUAUUACAAACUACUGGAAUCAGAAGGAUCAGAAGAGAGACUACAGCUGUCCUCAAUGCAGACAGACCUUCAAACCAAGACCGGCUCUGAAUAAAAACACCAUACUGGCUGAAAUGGUGGAGAAACUGAAGACUAAAGUACAUGCUGAUGUUUCUGCUCAGUGUUCUGCUGGAGAUGUGCCGUGUGACGUCUGUACUGAAAUCAAACACAAAGCUGUCAAGUCGUGUCUGAUGUGUCUGAACUCUUACUGUCAACAUCACCUUCAACAACAUGAGACUUUCUUCAAAGGAAAGAGACACAACCUGAUAGACGUCACUGGACGACUUCAGGAGAUCAUCUGCCCUGAACAUGAGAGACUACUGGAGAUUUAUUGUCGUACUGAUCAGCGGUGUGUGUGUUCUCUGUGUACGAUGGAUGAACACAAAAAUCAUGACACCGUAUCAGCUGCAGCAGAGAGAACUGAGAAACAGAGGGUUUUAGGUGAUACAAAAAGAAAAUAUCAUCAAAGAAUGAAGCAGAUUGGGAAGGAGCUUAAGGAUAUGAGAGAUGUUAUUGAAUCUCAUAAGCGAUCUGCACAGACAGCAGUGGAGGACAGUGAGAGGAUCUUUACUCAACUGAUCCGCUCCAUUGAGAGAAGACGCUCUGAGGUGAUACAGCUGAUCAGAGAUCAGGAAAAGACUGCAGUGAGUCGAGCUGAAGAAGGACUGGAGCGACUGAGGCAGGAGAUUGAUGAUCUGAGGAGGAGAGACGCUGAGCUGGAGAAACUUUCACAAACAAAUGAUCACAUCCAUUUCCUACAGAGUUUUCAGUCUCUGUCUGUCUCUCUUGGGUGUAAAGAUGAACCCAACAUCGCUUUUACUUCUCAACUCUCAUUUGAUGAUGUAAGGAAGUCUGUUUCUAUACUGGAAGAAAAACUAAAGGAUUUCUACAAAGAGAUUGACAAGAUAUCUGAUAGAGUAACAAGCAUCAAAAUUACACCCAACAAUGAACCAAAGACCAGACAAGAUUUUCUACAAUAUUCUUGUCAGCUGACUCUGGAUAUAAACACAAUGAAUAAAAGCCUCCAUUUGUCUGAGAGCAACAGAAGGAUUUCAUGGACUGAGAGAGUCCAGCAGUAUCCAUCUCAUCCAUACAGAUUUGAUAAUGUGUGUCAGGUGUUGUGUAGAGAAAGUGUGUGUGGACGCUGUUACUGGGAGAUUGAGUUCAGUGCUGAUGUUUUUGGUGUGGGUAUAUCAGUGUCAUAUAAGAGCAUCAGCAGGAAGUUUCAGGGUGAUGAAUGUAAGUUUGGAUUUAAUGAUCAAUCCUGGAGUUUGUACUGUCGUCCCUCCAGUUGUUCAUUCUCUCACAAUAACAAACGCACAGAUCUUCCUGUAGAUUUGAGUUCCUGUAUAAUAGGAGUGUAUGUGGAUCACAGUGCAGGAUCUCUGUCCUUCUACAGAGUCUCAGACACAAUGAACCUCAUACACAGAGUCCACACCACAUUCACUAAACCUCUAUAUCCUGGGUUUGGGGUUUAUAGAGGAUCAACAGUAAAACUGUGUGAUGUUAAAAAAUAGUUUAUAUCUGAAUGUGAAUAUCAGUGUUUGUAUUUUUUAUUAGUUUGUCUUUGUUAAAGUCAUAUGUGGUUUAUAAGGAUGUGUUUGACGUGUAUAAUAUAAACCUGGUUUACGCUUCAUGUGUCCUCAUAAGCCAAAUGGCCUAAAACAUACUAAGGGCCCUAUUUUAACGAUCUGAAACGCAAG